GAACGCGGUGUGGUGUAUCAAUGCGCAAUCGCAUGAGAACGUUUCUCGAGUCGAGGUCUGGAGCGAGGAAUAAACAGAGUAGAGAGACCGAACAGAGAGAGAAAGAGCGACGCACCAGCAGGCAGAGACGAUCACGAUGCUCGGAGGAAACGGCAAGCGGCCAGGGGCACAGGGCUGAGGGCUGAGGGCUCAGCGAGGGCUCUCCUUUUUAAUAAAAGAGUUUUAUUACGUUUAAUUGCGGGCGCAGCGAUGGAACAAACCAAACCGCCCUCAUCCCGACUACUUAAUACGUCCUGCAUCGAGAACAAGGACGACUUGGAGGAGAAAUUUGAACGCUGCCACACCGUGCUUCAGAAUCUGACCUCGGGACUGUCGGAAAAGGAAGCUCACGAUACCUUGAACAAUGCGGUGUGCAAAGAUAAAACUCAUGAGGAAGUGUCGUUAGGAUUAUUGGUGGUGAUAUUGACAGAGCCUCAAGAAGCGGCCAAAAGUUAUAGAGAUUUGACGCUGAUAACGAGGGAUGGAUUGGCAAUUGUAUUGGGCCACUUGAAUCAGCUAGUCCUAGAAAGAUAUUUGAGAUUGAAUGACGUAGCACGAGGUCAAUUGCUGUGGCUGUUACGAGAAAUGAUAAGAACCAGCGUAGCCAAUGUUGAUAAUUUGUGUUUGAGUUUAUUGAGGCACGCAGCCGGCGGCGACACCACACCCAGGAACCUCUUUCUCGUGGAUGCUCUUCUUGACAUAUUUCAAGAGAACAGACCAUGGCUCGACAAAAAUCCCCUUCUUGUUGCUUCUAUUGUUUAUUCUUAUUUGCGGCUGAUAGAAGAUCACAGUGCCCCUCAUCUAGCUGCUCUCAGACAGAAAGAAAUCACUUUCCUUGUUACUCUCAUUCGAGAGCGCAUGGUGGAUUGCUUAGUCAUCGGAAGAGACUUGGUGAGGUUGCUUCAGAACGUGGCGAGAAUCCAAGAAUUUGAGAGUCUCUGGAAGGAUCUCCUGUUAAAUCCAAAGUCCCUAUGUCCGAGUUUCACGAGCGUUCUGCAGUUGUUGCAAACGAGAACGUCCAGAAGGUUUCUGCAGUCCAGAUUGACUCCCGACAUGGAGAGAAAACUCGUGUUUCUCACGAGCCAAGUACGCUUUGGAAAUCACAAGCGUUACCAAGACUGGUUUCAGAGACAGUAUCUCGCAACACCAGAGUCACAGUCGUUGAGAUGUGAUCUCAUACGAUUUAUCGUUGGCGUUAUACAUCCGACGAAUGAAUUACUGUGUUCAGACAUAAUACCACGUUGGGCCGUGAUCGGUUGGCUUUUGACGACUUGUACCUCGACCGUCGCGGCUAGUAACGCAAAACUCGCACUUUUCUAUGAUUGGCUCUUCUUCGAACCGGAAAAAGACAACAUAAUGAACAUCGAGCCUGCCAUCCUCGUGAUGCACAAUUCUAUGAGGUCCCAUCCUGCUGUCACUGCCACACUAUUAGAUUUUCUAUGCCGCAUUAUUCCAAAUUUCUAUCCGGCACUCACGGACAAAGUUCGAAACGGAAUUUUCUCCUCGCUCAGACAAAUUCUCGAGAAACGUGUUCUUCCCAGUUUGUAUCCGCUUUUCGACAGCCCGAAAUUGGAUCGCGAAUUGAGAACGAAAAUUCGGGAAACUUUCAAAGAAUUUUGUCUACCACCUAAUACGGAUCCGGCAGCGGGUAAUAAGGUUCCCAUACUGUAUUCAGGUAAAAUGGAAGAGCUGAACAAGGAUUUAGGACCGGGACUAAUGCUCGACAAUAGUGGAAAUUCAGCGAUGGAGAAUAAUCACGUGAGCCAUGGACCAGAGCCGGCGUUCAGUGACGAUGAAGAAGAAAUGCCCUUGAGGAUAGUAACAAAAGCGGAGGAGGAAGAGGACGAAGAGGAUAUUCCGCUUGCGACAGUGAAAUUGAAAAACGAGCAAAAAAUCGCGGCGGCAAAUUGCGUGCCGAAGAAGGAUGAAAUAACGACGCAAUUGAAUCUUAUUUUGGAGCCUGAGGAACUUAAAGCAGCUGUUGAGAGUUUGCACAGCGAGACCGAUAACGAAGUCAAGUGUCAAACGAUGGAAAGGAUAGUUCAAAUGGUGAUCGAGGAUGAAAUCGACGGAGAAAUGAUUUCUUCUCUCGCGACUUGUAUCUCGACCAUUCUCGCUCCGCAAAUAACGGAUCAAAUAUUCCCUACGGAAAAUACCAACGACGAAGCCUUCACCGACAGCAUAAGCACUCCCAUAUUUGUCAUGUUUAGAAAUCAAUUCCAACUCUGUAAGGAAGAAGACAAUAGAAGAAAACUUUUGGCCCGAGUAUUGGCUGAAAUUCAAGCUAUACAACCGAGGAUAGGGUAUCUUUUGUUAUAUUUCUUGAAGGUUUGGGGCAGAGAAGAGGAAAAACGAGAAGGAGAACCAAGUAAACUUUUGAACGACGUCAAAGCAUCUGUGUACAAAGAUUUUUGCGGACAACGGGAAAAAAAGUUGGAGGCGUGCUUGGUAUCGGACCUGAAGCUUUGUCACGAAGACAGCAUAUGCAUGUUGUGUUACCUGGUACCUGACGUUUUUACCGGAUUCCAAAACGUCACGUUGGGCAACGCGCAACUGUUGCAUCUGGUCGUAUCGACCGUUGAUUCGCGCCAAUUGCAAGAUUUAAUCUGCGAAAUAAUGCAAGGACAUCUGAAAAUGUUAAAGAAGGAAUCCUUCACGGCGCUCUUGACUGCCAGUUUAAAUUGGGAAACUUUUGAACAAUAUUGCUUCUGGCAAUUGAUAUGUGCUCACGAUUUUCCCAUCGAAUACGUACUGCCGGUUUUACCGAAGCUUCAAUUUCGUGAUCACGCUGAAGCGCUUACGUCAAUAUUGUUCAUGCUCAAACAGGAAAAACCAACGAUGGAACUCCUGAGACAAUUACUGGCGCGGCAAAGCGCAGACGGUGACAUGUUCGUAGUUGCGGCGUUGCGUUAUUGGUGUCGCGACUACGAGGACAAACUUAGUGAACUCUUGGCGAAUCUCUUGAGCACGCGUUAUCCAGCGACAAGUCCGAACAAGCGAAAGCGUACCGGGGCCAAACAGAAUCAACAAUCGGGUCCACCGACGGGAGAGCAAGUUUUGGGGCAUUUGGAUCAGUUGAGGCAACACUGCAACACAGACGCCGAGUUACAGUUGUACCAGACCGAAGGAAUGCAACGAGCUCUUCAACAAGCUCAAGCAGCCGGCAGCGAUUCGCUUAGAAAAAAUUACGGCGACUUAUUCGCUCUCGCUGAGGUGAGCGAGGAAAACGAACCACCUCCACCUCCACCAACGAGCUCGUCGAGAAAACACGCGACCGCAUCUUCGGGCGCAGCAACUGGGAAAGGACACAGAAAAAUUGGAGCCAGUACGAGAGAAAGAUCUGCUUCCAAAAGAGCACCCCCGAGAGAUAGAACCACCGAGAGUAGCGACCAAAGUAGCGAGGAGGAAGAAAUCGUAAAACCAAAGCAAGCAAAAAAGAGAAAAAAGAUGAACCCGGUGGAUUCGGACAGCGACUGACCACCCAGUGUCUUCAUACGUCAAAUGGACCACUAUACGUGUGUGCAGCGAGCUACGUUAGCCUUAAAAACCGUAAGAUAAUGUUGUAAUUAUACACCAUGGAUACACGUGUAGAAAAGCGAGAAAGCGAGCAAGAGUGUGUGGGUGCGUGUUUGUGUGUAAGUAAGGAAGAAAAUGAGCGAGAGAGGAAGGGAGAAAUAGAGAGCAGGGUAUGAUUGGGGGUUACGAGUCGAGACGAGGUCGCGAUAAAGCUCGGAGUAAAUGUAUAUUUUACAGUUUACUUGAGGAGUUCUAUAUCUGCUUGGAUCGUUGAGCCAUUGAUGGGGAUCGUUAAUAGGACCGAUUUGGGAAAUUCCUCGUCUCGUUACAAAAUAGUGUGUACGUAUGACGGUUUUUAUACAUGAAACAGAAAAAAUAAUAAAAAAUACGAAUGUGGAUCGAACGUAAGUGCUAAACGGAUGGAAAAACAUCGUGCUUGGAAAAUUGAACAGGUGCGUAGUGAGAGAAACGAAAAACAAUGAUCUCGCGGCUACAAUAUUUUCAUCUCGCGUUACCCGCACUGCCGUUCGUGCAGUUUGUACGAAAAUUCGUUAUAGUUUUUUUAAAUAGAAAUUUCGAUGAAGAUUGAAAAAUGGAAAACUUUACGUUAUUGUACGAGAAAAAUAACUCCGUCGAAAGCCGACCAAAGUGUGUCUCCACUCGUUGAAAUGUUGUACGAUCGAACGCGUAUUUAUUCGAGUCUACGCUUAGUCAGCACGACGAUUCCCCUGAAAGUAGAUCUUUUUGCGUUUUUCUUGCAACUUUUGUACCAGAUAGGUUGGAUCGAGCGGCCGACUCUGCGUCGCCGUUUUUUUCUCCUUUUUCCUCUGCCGGCGACCUCACAAUUCACAAUUUGCUCGAAAGUUCCGGCAAUUGAGAGCGAAUACAAAAGUGCGGUGAAUUCGGACACAUCGAUCGCGCACAGUUGUCUAAUACGCCUAGAAAUUAUUGUAAACAGUUGUUGAUAUCGUGUAUUAAGCGUUUGUAAAUUCGACGAAUUUAUUCAUGUUAUCCUUUUUUUUUUUAUUCAAUUCUCGGAACGAAGAGAGCGAACAGGAGAGAGAGAGAGAGAGAGAAAAAGGGUGCAAGAGGGAACAAAAAUUCUCAAAUGACGAUCUCGUAACUGGUAACGAGAGAUGGGCUUCAAUUUACUAUAAAAUCUUUAUGGAAUGAAAUAUGCACUAUUUGUUUUAUUUAAUUUGCCAAUAUUCGUUUUCUUUUUUCGGAUCGAGACUGGAAUGGCAUGGAAAACAGUGUUUCAAUUCGUUAUUCUUUCCAUUUUUAAAACUUCUUCGAUGCAAAAGUUAUUAUUCAGAGUUUGCAUAAAUAAUAUGUUCCAAGGAUAAAUUUAUCAUCAAAAUUUUGUACAAUAACGAUCAAUAAUUUUACAAAAGUUUACUAGUACUUUUUCUUUUCAUCGUGUGCUGCCCCUCUCUGCUCGUAUCCCUUCAAGUUUUAUCGUACAUUUUAAUUGAGAGCGCUCUCGACCCGACAACUGCGAUAACAGCGAAAGUGUGAGAAAGAGAUAGAAAAAAUGGUAAACGUGAGGAUUGAAUGAAAUGGGUCAAGAAACGUGAAUUACAAACGUGUAUUCACCCCGUAAUGUGUACAUUUCCUGUAAAAUCAGUUACUCUAGUUUAAGUAGCUGCGUUAUGUAUUUUGUAGGUUGUACAUAUUGAAGCCGCGAAAAUGAAACAGGAAAAAAAUGGGAAACCGUGAGAAAGGAAAGCGAAAGAAAAGAGAAAAUAAUUUUAGAGAAAAAGUCGCGCUUGAUUCUCAAUUGAAACAUUGCGUUUAUUAACAUAAAUUUUUCGUCCUUCUCCCCAAGAGCCCAAAAAGACCAUUGAAACGAAACAAAAACGCAAGAAAACCGAUUAAUGAAAAAAACCUCCUUUUUUCGUAUUCGUGGUAAUUUGCACAUUUUGUUUUGCGGUCAAAUCGAGCGGGUAAAAAAAAACGUGUACAAUGUAUUCAUAAUCGCAUAAAUGCAAUUAAUCAAGAUUAUAGUUGUCAGCGCCAUUAGAAUUUUUCUACGUGUACAUAAGAACGAAAAACAAAACUCAAAAUGAAGAACAAUUAAUAAGUCGACGAUAGCAUGAAUAUACUGGGAAUUAAAAAUAAUCAAGGCGUGAAAUACCGUGCUUGAUGAGUCAGGUGUGACGAAUAAGAAAAAAAAAAACAAA